AUGGUACAAAUUGAUUUUUCAGAAGCCUUUGAUAUGGUCAGAGACGGUGGGUUGGGGUUAAGUCACCUGUUCUUGAAACAGGUGGUUAGUAGAUUUUUAUUCUUAAGAGAUCAGCAAAACCCUUUCAUCCGUACAAUUAUUCAAGUCAUAACCAUUUAUGGGGAGGGAUCAGGGAGGGACGUCCUGAAACGCGUCAAAAAGAUGUUAGUUCCACCUGGGGUUAAAACGUUUUUCUUUAAACUUCACACGGGCACACUACCUGUGAAAACAUGGCUCGAACAACGAGGCAUGUUUGUGCCGUGGGGAGUGAAUUGUCUUUUGUGUAACAAACCAGAAACUGUAGAGCAUAUAAGCCUUCUUUGA